AUGUCGAGCAAGUCUUGGUAUGCCCUCAAGUCCAAGGCCGUACAUACGCGGUAUGGCUUGACCAAGAACAUUCAAGUCCUCCUUCAGGGCUUGGAAAGCUUUCACGCCGGAAUUAUCGACGCUGGAGAGCUGGGGAGCAUGGUCCGCCUGAGUCCUCGUCGCAGAGAAUCAGUUGCUGCAACAAUAGCCAAGUGCGCGCGCAUGAUCAACAAGGACCCCCAAGAGUCCAAGACCUGUGUCGACAUCAUUGAGAUGUGCACCGAGAUCCUCGAAAUUGCCGACCGACCACCACCCAUCGAGGGCUUUCCUUUCAUGAGACUACCUGCAGAGAUCCGAGAGUAUAUUGUCGACUUGAUGGUUGAUACCGUCUUCAAAUCCAAGGGUAUCAAACCCAGCUCACGAAAAGUGAGCUGCAACUGUCCACAGCUGGAACGCGAAUUCGGGUCCUUCCACACUCCUCAGAUGAAGGCUUUGCCAUCUAUCUUGGGUCCAGCACUCAAUCACGAAUUCUUUCGCAUUUUCUUCCGGAAGAAGGCUGUCCGUUUCCGCUGCUGCUGCGAACUUUUGUAUCAUCUCGACAGCAAUUCUCUGCUUGUGCAGAAUGUCCGUGACAUCAAGGUUCACUGGUGCGGACCCAAGUCGGCAAGAACUUUCAAAAAGCUUGCAGAAUGUGAUAAGCUCGAGGGUUUGACCAUCAGCAUCUCGAAGUCCACACUUGCCAACCUCAGUCCACGAGCCGAUCUGAUGAAGCAAUUCUUCCCGCUAUCCUAUCGCCAUGUCAGGAUCACCGACAUUCUAGGAUUAGACGAGAUUUUGACCAUUCGGGGCCUCAAGGAGGUGUCAGUUAUCCACCUUCAAACAAGGAGCACCAACCUCACCGCUGAGACUGAUAGAGCGAAUCUCUCAGAAAUGCUUGCUCAUCAACUCAAGAAAGAAAAGGGUUACGACCCGCUUGAUGAAUUCUAG